AUGUGGCCAUCCAAGAUACAAAAUGUAUUCUUUGGGAAUACAAAUAGGUCUACUAGCCAUAAUGGGCAUGAUGGCGACGAUUUUGAAGUGGUAGAACAUUUACCUCAAUUUUCACGAUUAACCGAAGAAGAAAGACAGCGUAUUCAAGAAGUAUUAAAAAAGCAAAAACAAUUUGAUGAGCAAAAUCAAGCCCAUGUAGACAACUAUACUCAAAUGAGGAUGUUCGUUGUUGGCAAUCCUACUCGCCACCAUAUAAUAUUGUCCAUUUUAAUUGCUUCAGUUAAAAAUGAACUAUUAGCAUUGGCUUUUGGCAAUGUACUAUUACUAUUAUAA